CGAAUAUACUACGUAUAUCCGAUUGUAUCCCCACCAAGCAGUGAAAAAAAAAAAAGAGAAAUUAUCAAGUAGAAAUAAACAAGACUAGACGAACAACGCUCGCGUCAUACCGAACUUCCCCAACUAUAGCAGUUGCAGAUAAUCAGGCACAUUACAUUACAUGCUCGGAUGAAUUUUGGCGAGAAUGUUUUUUGAUUUUUACUUAUGAAUAAAAAAAGGACGAAUUGGUUCGAACGAGACCCCGAAUUCGUAUACCCCUGACAAUGUUUCAAAAACUUUUGCAAAAUUCGGUUUAAGAGCUACACGUGUUUUGUUUCUCUUGUGAAUCGAAGAUCGAUUGAAAAUUAAUCCAAAUCAGAAGCAUAAUCAAAAUUUCAGGUUACUCUUUCGAGAUUGAAUUGCGAAAAAUUAUCGCGUUGUUAGAUAAAAGGAAAGUUGAAAAGCAUAAAAAGCGAGAUUCAUGUACGCCGCAAUGUCUACGCAGAGCCCAGGAUUGAACGCAGAUUACGUUCAAGCGGAUGAUCGGCAAUAUCAGAUCCCCAACUACCAACAAAUGCAUAACCCCGGAAAUCCUUACUCGAUCAAUCAACAAAAUCCUUGCAUCCAGGGUCAUUACAACCAACCGAUGCAACAGGAUCCAUCAGCAUUCGGUCAAAAUCAGCAACAAGUACACCAAAAUUUCGGCCCUCCAUAUAAUCCCCAUAUGCCGUCGUCCUGCGUGACGAUUCCACCGAAUCCUCCCUUAAAUCCCUGUCUCUGCGUUCCAUCUCCCACCGGUCCUUCAUCUCAACCCCAAAUGGUACCCUGUGGGAAUUUUUUACCACAAAACAUAAUCGAGCAAGUACGUUCCUGCAUAGGAAAUACCGCCCCUAUUUUCAUCAUUCCCAACGCCCAGAUGCCGGUCCCACAGGCGCCGCAAAUUCAUCAACCCCAAAACAUGGGUUUCUCUUCGCAAGGCCCAAUUCCCAGCCCUGUUUUUACGCCGCAGUGCUACACCUUUCCAUUUCCAUUUCCAAUCUACGAUCCCUCAGGGAAUCGAUCUCAAAUUGACAGGAACAAUAUUAAUAAUAACAACAACAAUAAUAACAUAUGCGGUUGUUGCCGUAGUAAGACAAGUGGGAGUAAUAAUUCGUCUGAGAAUGAUCAGACGCAUCGUUGCACCCCUGGGAACGAUGAUACAGUUUGUACAAAGUCGAAUUGUCCCUCUUCGAUAAACCUACAAGCUCUGGCCUCCCAGUUUCUCUCUCUUCAAGGCGUUAUACCUUGCGCAGCGACCAGAUUAGUCCUGAGAAAAAUUCCAGGAUCAAAUCUCACCUCUAGUAUAGAAGAAACGAUGGAAAGGGCGCAAAAAUCGAUCGGGAAUUUGAAAAAGGAACAGUUAUUAAUCGAGGCCAGAAAUGCCCAGCAGCUCAACGGGCUGAUAAAUCUUCACAUGGUCGCAAAUCCUCCUCAGAAUAUUCUUCCAAUUUUGACAAUGCUCCAGUUGAAGGUCAACAGCCUCAAGGCGCUGGUUGAAAGUCUGAUAAACAAAAACAUAACCGAAUGCCAAAGUACCGGGAUUGGGGGUAGAGUGAAUUUGGAGCCCGUGAUCUUGACCUUGAAGAGCGACGCCGAGCUCAGAGAACUUUUGAGUAGUCUGAGACAGAGGGAAUGUGAGGAACGGGUCAAUGUUAGUUAUUCACCUUAUCACUCACAAAGAGUAGUUGCCGAGAGUAGAUUGGCCAAUUUUCAGAACAAGAUUGGUCAAGUGGAAGCGGAAAUGGAGAGGAGAAGGGCCGCGGCUAUGCCGUGGGCGUUCACAAACGCUGGAGGAAAUUGGCAACAAUAUUCUGAGGGAAGGGUUUUUGAUUCACCCGAUCCGUUUGCUGUCCAAAUUAGAAAUCCACGGCGUUUGAACUUAAAGCCGGAUGUCGGAAGUCCGAAAACAACAUACGACGAACCGGAUAAACGAAAUUCGACAUCGCCAGAAAUCGCCGGGGUUGACAAACUGCAAAAAAAUAUCUGUAAGGAUUGCAAAGGCGGAUGUGAAGAUCGGAAGACUUGCUGUUCUGAGGAUAAGGAAUUAUUUGAAAAAAAAGUCGAUUCGGAGGAUAAAAAAAAACUUAAAAUUCACAUUGGUGAAAAAGGAGAUCUAAGUGUGAAAAAACAGAGCCUCGAAGGACUCGAGGAAGGCAAAUCUAUUCAACUUUCACCGGACGUUGUUUUAGUUAUAAAGAGAGAUCAAGAAAUUAAGAAGGAACCAAGCGAAGAAAAGAAGAAAAAAACCGUAAAAGUUAAGGAUGAAAACCGGCAGUCGAAAUCAAAGGAAUCAAUUUCAACGGAUUCAAGUUGUGAUUCAUCGUGGACUUCGAUUUCAUCGAACUCCGAUUAUGAUGACGAUGAACGGAAAAGUAGAAAGAAAGGAGGGAAAUCAAGGAAGAGAAAAAACCCAAAAAAUAAAAGAAAAUGAUCGAAAUUCUUUUACAGGGGAUUAUGGAAACGGAACCAUAUUUGAGUAUGACGGAUUGUGUGGAAAAAAUAACACCAGGUAAUCUAUAAGAAAGAUAAUGCAUUUUUUUGGAUGUACUUUUCAGUGCCCCGAAUGUUAAACGAUAUAAAUGCCGACAUUCAAUUUUUUUUUUCAUAUUCGAAAGGAAAUUAAGAAAUCACGAGAUUAUUGAUCGGGCGCUACUUUCAUCUGGUGAUAUAUAUUUUCGUAAAUUUUAUAUUAAUAUAUAUUAAAUUUCUUAAAUCUCUAAGGAAUCGGGUAUUAUUUAUAUAAUAAUGAUCAUAAUCAUAAUAGUAAGUAUGAUGAUAAUAUAAUAUUCAAAGAAUAAAAAGAAUCUAAUUGCAAACAGCACGUUUUUCGUCCGCAACCAGAAUGUUAGUUAAUCUGAAACGACUGUUUUCUUCUAAUUUUUUUUUCUUUCUUUUACUAUUCCCAAACUGCCCUUCUGCAUGAUUCGCUCUAUUUUUCCUUUGUAAUAUAUAAAACAUAAAUAAUGUAUAUUAUACAAAAUAUGUGAUAUAUGUACGAUCGAUUUGAUCGAUUGGAUACAUUGAUAGAAAAAAAUCGCUACUAAGAAAAGACCCCAACUAGGACAAUGAUUGUUUGUUAAAAAUGGAGGAAAGAAAAAUUAUUGCAACAAAUCAAAUCUAAACUAAAUGGAACACAAAAUUUGUGCAGGUGAUGAAAUACAAUUAAUUAUGAAUGAAAUAAUAAUGAUACUAAUAAUAAAAAUUACGUGCCUUAAUCGAUACGUUUACGACCGCGAAAUCUAGUUACGAGGGGC